UAAUCUAACGGAAAUAUAUGAAAGAGGGAAAUAAUAAAAUAAAACCUAGGGUUACGGGUUUUCCUUGGAAAUCCGAAGGCGUGAAAGGAGGGAGACUGGGAGAGCAAAAGCGACAUUCUUUUUGCUCGACUGAGUUUGGAUCUCUAUAACUCUCACAAUUGCCUUUUCUUUAAACCAAUUCGGUUUUAAUGGAUCUAGAGACUGAGAACAGAAUAGCUGCAAUUCUUAUGAAAGAAGCAGCGGAAUUGCGGCAGCGAGCUGAGAGGGAAGGCGUGCAUGUUUACCUUGAACGGCCUAAAGUAAGAGCACGACCAAAUUCUCGCUUCCUCACUGCAACUGUCCUUGGAGUGCAGCAAACAAAUCGAGCUGUUGAACUGAAUGAGAUGUGGCGGGUCCGGGAAAAGGAGCUUGAGCUGGAUGAUAGGCUGAGAGGAAGAUCAAGGUAUGAUGGUAACAGCAGCAAGAACCAUAGGGAUGUUGGUAAUGUCCUUAGAAGUACAAGCCAAAGGCAUUCUAUAAAUGAGAACGAUACCAAUAUGCCAUCCUCGUCAAGCAAAAUAGCAGGGAGCUCUUGUUCGAGGGAAGAUGGAGGUUUAAGGGAUGAAGAAGUCGAGGAAUUUUUGCACUCGAGGGUUAAGCGAGGUCGAGGUGCUGUAGGUUCAAGGAUGGAUGAUACAGGGCCUUACCUUGCUCCUUGCCCAGACCCCGACGAAAAGCUGUCCAGAAACUGGGAUGCGAAGCCGCAGCGUGUUGUUUUUGGACCAGAGAAGCCUUCUUCGCUGAAAUCUUAUGAAUCAUCCGAAGAAGAGCUUGACAAAGAUAGGCUUAAAAAGGAAAAGAAGGUUUGUUCAAAGAGUCGGGAUAAGAAGCAUUCUAGGAAGCACAGAUCUAAAGAAAGGUCUAGAGAUAAGAAAAGGAAGAGAAAGGAUGAGAAAAGAAGUAAACACUAGUAAAGGCCCUGUUUGUACAUCAUUGUUCCCGUUAAAGAUUAACAACUUUAUUGUGUCGAAUAUGUAUGAUAAUUCUUGUUCGCGCAGUGUUUGGUAAUUAUAUCAUAGAUUGUUUUUUUUCGGGAGAUA